GGGUGCAGGGGGAGCGAAUAAGGCUAAGGCGUCGGUCCAGACGUGCGUGAACCCAGAGCCCCUUUGCGCUAGAAGGAACCUGCUCUUCCCCGUGGGAAUCUGGGCCUGAGAACACGAGUGGAACAAUGACCUGUCGCGGUUUGUUUGAUUGCCUGAGGCCCAAAGCGCAGUGUUCGUGUGGCUUCGCCCAGGGCCUGGUGACAGACGCAGAGGGACUUGAACCACCGACUCAGCUUAACGGGAAGCCAAGAAGGAAGGUUUUCCAUCUCCCAGCCUAAAGUUUUGGCUGAAGCAGUGAGGAACUUAAUUAGCAACUAAUGUACCAACUUGUAGUAAACAUCAACAUUUGUCUAUGUCAUGAGGGAAAAGAAAAAAAGACACCCACACUGAAAAAUGGCAGUUUUGGUUCAGAACAGAAGCCACAUAAAAGAAUAGACUGGUAAUUGCACAUAAAUGUGCUGUCUGUGGAUCAGGAAGUAAGAAUGAUAUUAAGAUUUCAUAUCUGUGGAACACAGCAAUGAAUUGUAGAGAAAACCUGAGCUUCUUCACAAAAUGAAUUCCAAAAGCUGACCCAGGUUCUCAGGUGGAGCCAAGAACUGCCUGCGGGUCAUUAUGUUUCCUGGGACGUUGAUGACAAGGUGGCAGCUCUGAGGAGCCAGCACACACGAAGCCGCCCAGGCUGAGCCCUGGACGUUCACCUGUAUCUAGCCAUCCUCAGGACCGGACCAUCCCUCCCUUCCUCCUCAGGCUCUCGGUGCCACCUGCCUACAAUUGUGUUGCCUCUGCCGCCCUCUUGUGGGGGUUUUACUAUCAACUAGUAACUGUGUCAGAUCUGAUUUGGCCGAUGUCAAUUUGGAAAUUUUAGUGGUCAGAUGCCAGGAAUGCAGAUGCAAAUGGGACAGCCGUUGCCAGGAACAGGGCCAAACCUUCUCCCUGGUGGAUACCCAGUGUAUUCUGACAGUUAUUCCUCAGCAGGAGACCCCAUGUGGACAUACUUCACUGCUGUUGCUGGACAGGAUGGUGAAGUGGAUGCUGAGGAACUUCAGAGAUGUUUGACACAGUCUGGAAUUAAUGGAAUUUAUUCUCCCUUCAGUUUGGAAACCUGCAGAAUUAUGAUCGCCAUGUUGGAUAGAGAUUACACAGGAAAAAUGGGAUUUAAUGAAUUCAAAGAACUUUGGGCAGCUCUUAAUGCUUGGAAGCAACACUUCAUAGCUAUUGAUCAAGACCAAAGUGGCACAGUAGAACAUCAUGAAUUGAAUCAAGCCAUUGCUGCAAUGGGUUACAGAUUGAGUCCUCAAACAUUAACUGCUAUUGUUAAACGGUACAGCAAAAAUGGCCGAAUCUUCUUUGAUGAUUAUGUUGCUUGCUGUGUGAAGCUUCGAGCAUUGACAGAUUUCUUUAGAAGAAGAGACCACUUGCAACAAGGUGUUGUGAAUUUUGUAUAUGACGAUUUUUUGCAGGGUACUAUGGCAAUUUGAACGUCUAGAAUUUGAAAGCUGAAGAAACACUGUGAACUUUUUUUACUUGGAAGAAACUAACUGGACUACUUUGAAUUUGAAGCUCUUGGGGCUUUUCUGUGUUUCUCCCUUUUACAUCUGUUCCCUUUCUACGUAUUUAUCCUUUGGUGCAUAAUUCAGAGCAAUAAAAGAAGCAUUUUUGUAUUUGGAACAAUAAUUGCUUUUAGGAAAUUUAUCGCUUGACAGCUAUCUGUAUAGUAUCAUAAAAUAUUGGUAUAUGAUGAAUUGAUGUAAAUAACUUUUAACCUUAAUUUUUAACAUUGUUAGCCCAGAAGACUGUACUUACAAGAUAGAGUACAUAAGAAGUCAAAUAACGAAAGCUGGAUAAAGCUAGUGUAUACUUACCUGAAGGUUACAAAUUAUACUUUUUUGUUUGUAGUCCUUGGUGUUCAAGGUGAACUAGAAGGAGAAGACUAGAUUUUGUGCCAUAUUUGUGGAAGAAUUUAUUCCUUGAUCACAUUUUCAAGAACAGAAACUCGCUAGUCUUUGUCUAUGAAGAGAGAAAGUUGCUGAAAUUUUAUGCUAUAGCACCUUAGGUGCACCAUAAGGCUACAGGAGGCAUUUUUUCCCCUUGGCUUUUGUCAGUGCAUAUUUUUCUUCAAUAUAUUUUUUUUGUCUUCUGCGGAAAAGAAGUUCUUGAUACACAUACCUUUUAUGGCUGCCCUUUUUCCAUCAGUGACAACGUAGAUGGCCUAAAAUGGCAUCUUCCUUUUAAAGCUAGACUUUCUGGAAGUGAUACAUAUUUCUAAUGAAGUGUCAACAUUUCAAUGUAUUCUCUUAAGCUAAAUUAUUUUAUACAUAAUGCCAACUGUUAACAAAGUUAAAAAAAAGUCAAGUAAUCUACCACUUUGUUUAAAUUUUCAGAAAUUGGAAGUUUUACUUUUUCAACAUUAGUUGCGAGCUCACCAUUAGCGUUGGUAAACUGGUAAGUCGUUGAGUGCAGGUGUGUAAUGUGGGGGUACUGACCACCGCAGCCGCAGCCUAUUUCUGUGGCAUUACUGUGGAAGUUGCAAAGUGGUCAUCAGAUCCAUAGCAUUUAAGAUCCCCUUGUGAGCUGUUGUAAUUAAUGAGCUGCUUUCCUGGCAAACAUUCUUAGUCUUAGUUAAGAUUUAAGAAACCGUGUAUUUUUCUUCCACUUUAACUGAAUUUCUUCUGGCUUCAAACAUGAGUACAAAUUGACAUGAUUUUAGUAUGACCGGUGACCAAAAUAAUUAUGCUUUUUAUAAAAUUCUGUUUCUUAAAGGGUGGAGGAUGAAUGGCAGUAUCUUAAAAGAAAACUUUAUAAACUUACAGAAUUUUACAUCAACUUUUAAAGGUCCUGGAAAGGAAGAAUUGGAUAGUCAUUUUGACGUUAUAAUUUUAAAUAAUUAGCUGCUAUAUUCAUUUGGUCAGCAGUAUAAAAAUGUGUGGCUAAAUAAACCAUCUACUUUUAUCCCCUGGCUGUUAGUUUUUUUCCACGAACAUAUAUUUGAUAAUUGGAGAGGAUGUUAACUGAGCCAUAAACAAAAUAACAGGAUUCGAAUUAGAAGUCUUGUUGGAAAAAACUAAUAUAAAUGUGCUCAUAUCAUUCAUGUUGAAUAAGGGUGAUAAUAUGACUCAACAGCCUGGGAUCUUAACAUCCAACUUAUAGGUAAUCUCACUGUACUGCUCUGAGGUCUGCUAUACUUUCUCUUAUUUGGAGGCUAACAGUUGAGACGAAACUUUAAAAAUGACAUAUGGUAUUAUUCAUAUAAGUUUUUGCCAAACACUUUGUGUUAGAACUUUCUAUAUGAUUCUCUAACAUCCUUUUCUAAAGGUGUUCCUACGAAUUUUGGUCACAGGAAGUCUGUGAAAUAGUUUUGAUCAGACAUAUUUGGGAAAUUUUCAUCCUUUUCAGGGAGCUUAAUAAAGCCCGAGGUACAUAAAAUCCUGUCUACUUUUACUUGACCCAGUUUUUCCAAACUUUUUUUGACCACAGAACUCCUUUCUCUAGCAAAACUGAUUCUCUAUGCCAGUCCAACUUAAUUGCCAGUUCUUUUGUGCUUUCCAUUAAAUAGAUAAUCUUACCAAACAUUAGGCAUUAUUUUACUUGGAUUUUUAUACAAAUGAAAUGCAGUUCACUUUUUAAUGCUCUAAAUUGAUGUAAACAGACAUCCAUCACUAAAGUAAAAAUUACAUAGUCUGAUGAUGAACAAUGACUGGAAUAUGAAUAUAGUGUGGUGGUUUGUACUGUUUAACUCACACCCACUUUUCUUGUAAUGAUGUAAAUUAUUGAAUAAUGUCCACUCUUAACAUCUAAGUGCUUUUAUUUAUACAGUAAACAUGUUUCCAUGUCAUUUUGAGAAUUUUUUAAUAAACAUUCAAAUAGCUUGCUGUAAA